CAAGGUUUACCUUCUACCAUAGUUGCAGUGCAUAAUAUUCAGAAACUUCACAUUAAAAAACGUCAGGAAUAUAAGCAAUCUGUGCAACGUGCAAUUUCAAAAUGGCUUCCUGAAGAAAAAGUAUUUGAAUUAGAUACUACAGCUGAUUGCUUAAAUAUGUUACGCCAUGUUGGAUUACAAAAACAAAGAAAUUUAUUUUACAAAGACAUAAGACCACAUCUUUUAGUUGAGGAAGUCUCCUUUGAAUCUGAUGAUAAUUCUCUUGACUUUGGAACUCUCAUGGUCAGUGGAUAUUUACGAGGCACAACACCAUUAUCUGUUAAUGGUUUGAUUCAUAUAUCAGGUUUUGGAAACUUUCAAAUGUCAUGCAUCAAAACGUUGAGAGAUCCAUAUUUAAUUGAACGUGAGCAGAAGAAAUAUCUUUCUGAUGAUAAAAUGGAAUGGAAAAAUGAUUUCGCAAUCUUAACUGCAGAUCCAGAAAAGCAG